AAUGGCACGGCUUGCAAUACAGUUUUCAGUAUGGCGUCGUCGUUCGUUGAAGAUAUACUCGGUACUGAAGUCGAUGAAAAGGCCGUGAGUGCCUUCGUGGGCUCAUUGGAAAGUCAGUUAGCGUCUCCUAGUUCGUCUGGUGCAAAUUCUUCCAAUAGUCGACCACAUUUACAACGAUCAAAUCAAGUCGUUUCAUCGUCGAGCGCAUGCAUUUCAAGCCAAAGUAACAAAUCGAGUGUGGCCAGCGUAAUCAGUAUAAGCGCGGGAGCACCAGGUUUACCGACCAUUACCGGCAAAACUAUAUUUAAUAAUAAUACCAGUGCGAAUUUAUCAACACCAAUAAACAUUGCGCCAAGACCGAACGUCUCUUCCACUGUUUCACUUGCACCAAAGCCUUCUCUAACGUUGUUGUCUCCUCAGUCUGGAAAUCGCGGUUAUUUGCCCGUCCAGACCCCUGGACUUGGUGUUCCAUUAAUGAUGGGCCCAAUGAGAGGACCACUUGCUCCAAGGCUUGUUUCCACUGCAAUGUUACAGAGAACAAACACACCACAAAACACAGUUCACAAGCUUCCACCAACAUUGCAAAGUCAGACAUCAUCAGUGCAAAGGACUCAAGUUAAACCAGAACCUAAUAUGCAAUUGCAACCGACUCAAAUGUUAAACAACAACAUCAGAAUGCAUGCACCAUCGAUUGCAAAACCCAUGCAAAGUCACUCGAUGGUUGUAAAAAGUGAACAAAAUGUUGCUGCAAAUCAUGUACCACAUGGUGUAAAAUCUGAAUCUUCUAACAACAACAUUGUGCAACAGCCGCACAACAAUGUAACAAUUGCACAAAACCGUUCAGCGACUCAAGCUCAGGUGAAUCGUGUAAAAGAGCAAGUCAUGAAGCUACAGAGUUUUUUCACCAGGUUAAUUACGCUUGCCACGGAUCAGUCACCAGAAAUUGGACAUUCAGUUCAAGAACUUAUAAAAGCAGUGAUGGAAAAUAAAUUAACUGAGGAGAAUUUCACUGCUAAACUUGAAAAGACACUGAAUUCUCCAUCGCAACCCAAUCUUGUCAGUUUCCUAAAGUCAACUCUGCCUUUCUUGCGCCUAUCCAAGCAACAGGCAAUAGGAACGGUGAAUUCGUCUGUGGUUGUUAGGCAAGUGCAAAAACCAGUUCAAUCUGUGGCAACUCCAAGCAAAGCACAGCCAACUAUUCUACCAUCUACUCAUAUUAAUCAUCAGGUUCCGGCAGUUGUUACGAACAAACCGCGAUUAAAACCGGCUCCUGUAUCUGCACCUCAACAAAUUGUACUCAAUCGGCAAACAUUCGCACAACUUACGCCCCUGCAACGACAAGGAAUCCUUGCGCAACAUCCACAACUGCAACAUCUUCUACCGAAAACGCAACUGCCUACUUCGAAGUCAACCCCUGGUCUCGUUCUCAUAUCUUCUCAAUCAAAUCAACCGACGGUGACGCCCUCAACGACUACAGUCAAACCGACAACCAAUAACGCCCAACAAACUCAAGACAAGUCAAAAGCAAGACCGACAUCUUCAAUAUCUGCUGUCACAAGCGGAAACGAUGACGACAUCAAUGACGUAGCCUGUAUGGCCGGCGUCAAUUUACAGGAAGAGCAGUCGAAAAUCCUCGCAACGAAUUCAGAGAUUUUAAACAUUCAAUUGCGAAGCUGUAAGGACUCGUAUUUUCUUAGCAACAAAACUUUACAGAAGCAAGUUGAAGCAAUCGCAAAAAAAUACGGUGUUAGUACACUGGGCUCUAAUGUAUGUGGAUUAGUAUCACAUGCAACGCAAGAACGAUUGACAAACAUAAUGGAAAAACUCUCCAUCUUCAGUUUACAUCGUUUGGAGACUAUGAAGGAUGACCCCACGUAUCAAACAUCAUCUGAUGUCAAAUCGCAGCUUCGGGUGUUCGAACAGAUCGAUGAAAUCGAAAGAAGGAAACGCGAAGCACGACAAAGGGAGGUUUUAAUAAGAGCCGCAAAGAGUCGUUCACGGCCCGAAGACCCGGAACAGGCGAGACUUAAAGAGAAAGCAAAACAGCUCCAACUUGAAGAAGAAGAGACCCUUCGCAAACGUGCUGCAAACAAAACGGCGCUGGACGCCAUUGGACCGCGUAAAAAGCGUAGACUUGACGAAGCUUUGAGCAACUCUGAGGGAUCUUCAUCGCCUGGCACCACUUCCGGCUCAAUUACAAGCAAUGCAAGAGGCCAGAUCUUACGUCAAAGAACGCGACGUGUCAUCCUGAAGGAUCUCCUGCUCAUUAUGGAACAAGAAAAAGAACUAUGUAAUUCGAGACUUCUGUACAAAGCUCUGAUGAAAUAGUAAAUAACACUAAAACAGCCUCGUUCACAUAUCGUCCAUGUGUGCGCUUGAAGGUAAAAUUAUGACGUCAUUGAUUGUCACGUGGUAGACUUGGUGCCAGUCCUGGAAGUAGACCCUAUCUGGGAUACACUGAUGGGAUCCUUAAGAAGCGUGUAGAAUUCACACCCACAAUAACCUCCUGCAUGGGAUGUAAUAGAAGCGUGUCGAAACCACACACAGGAAGAAUGGCAACAAUGGUGUUAUUUCAGUGGUAAUAAUAAUUACAAAAUCUCCGGUCGACAAUGUCGUUGAAAUUUGGUAAAUUGGUGAGAUCAAACAUGACUUCAUUUUAUGCGAUCUCUACAAAAUGGAAAUCAAUAAAACAAUGUGUACAAUUUGUA